AUGUUAAGCGCGACACGAGUGCAGCAACAGCUGACAACGCGCUGGUCGACUCUGCGCUAUCGAAUGGAAUACAACGGGUACUUGUCCAACCACUUGCUGCAUGGAGUUGUGGCGCUUUUCGAUCUUGGGGCUAGCGAGGAGAAGGUUGAAGCGUUUGCAAACAGUUACGCGACCAAGUUGGAAAAGACCGAGUCGACGAAUGUUCCUGGAAUUGAGCCUGACGCUUGCGAUACCAUUGCAGAAAACGAUGCAAAAUUGACGUGGGUACGCGCACGCGAGUUGCUUGGAAAGCGACAGAACUUUGAUGCACUGCUGUCGCUGUAUGCUGCUGAGGUCCAAGAGUCGGGAGUUGACGGAGCAGUGAAGAAACACUUGCCACAUCUAGUUGGUGGACUGGCGGGAGCGCUGCUGCACUCGAUCAUUCAGCUGGGGUACGCUUACCACAUUGGCGGGGAUCGUUUAGUGGCGGAAGGGUUGACGUACAUGCACUUUGCCUACUUGUCCUUUGACGAGCCGCCGCAAGUAAAUGGGGAGGAACGACUGGACAAGAAAACAUUGUCACGUGGAGAAGCGUUGCACCUUGUGCGACUCCUCAGCGGUAAUGAAGUGUUGCUGGGUGAGAUGCGUCGUAAACUUCAGGCAAAACCGCUCGCUGAUCUUGAAACGAGCGGCCUGCAGAAGCGGUUGAGCACAAUGUCGGGCGACCCGGAUCGAGGGAGCGCUACUGCGUUCCUCAUGAUUUGGGAAGUGAUCAACGGCUACGAUCUAUCGAAGAUGGACGGAAAACUUGCGCUUGACUUGGCAUUCUGGUUGUACUCGAUGAUUGAGCACAAUGACUUUGUUAUCUUGCACGCGGUGACAUCGGCGUGGGCUCUGCAGCAGGUGGAGCAUUUGCUGGAUCCGAAAGACCGUCAGCGCUCGUGGAAAGUGUGGCUUCACGUGGCGUUAUCGGCGUUCGUCACGAACAACUGUAAAGACGUGCUACAGUCGGACGUGUGUGAGCAGCAGCUGCCAGAACCGGAACCGUGGCGACAACUUGUCGCAAAAACACUGACGCUAGCAGAUGGAGGGCUACUGGAACGCGAUUUGGUGCACGUGUACAAGCUUGUGCAAGUCGCGCGUGAUCAUGCCGAGCGCAUGGAGAAUGUGUUCCUAACGGUUGAAGAGCGGGAUUUGAUUACCCGCAAGAGCGCUAUGAAGGUCAUUUCGUGUGAGUUCGGUCCGCUGUAG